AUGCCUGAUGGUGGUGGCUACAGGGUGUUCCUAUCCCACCGGAUUGGGGAAUACGUCAAUAUGGAGGAUGAGGAGGAAUUUGAACAGUGGGAGUUUCAUAAUGCCCUUGAAAUUCUAGAGAGUGACAUUGCUGUUGUUGACACAACUAAUGUUAAGCUAUUCUUUUUGCCGAUUAUGGAGGAGGACCACUAUACUGUUUACUACAUCAACCUUAUACAUGACCGAAUAGAUAUACUCGAUUCUAGUCCUGAUGACCAUAGGCUUUACCAUGAAGUUGUGGGAAAUAGAAUUAUUCCAAGGCUCAAUCUUCUGUUCCAGGAGGCCACAGACGGUAAGUUUAAGUCGUUUACUCGAUUCAGGCGACCCAUCCUACCUGUCCCGCUGCAGCGCAAUGCCAUCGGCAGUGGAUUCUUUGCCAUCAAAUUCAUGGAGUUAUGGAAUGGUGAAUCUUUCCAUCUUCCAAUCCUCACGGAAAAUGCGGCAAUGUAUAGAGAUCAGCUUCUCUACUACGCCAUCUAUCACCAAAUCAACACUAUUGAGAAGCUUCCUGCUGGACUAGAAGCACUCAAGCCACGUCGAUGA